GUGGGUUAGUUGAGAAAUGAAUAUAUUUAAACCCGACUUGUCUGACUGACAUACUUAAGGAAAGGAAGGUGCGUGUGAGACUGACUAGGCUGGCCUAGUGUUGUUCAUUUCCCAUUCAUUCACCUUCAAAACUUUCUCAAGGACACUUAUAUUGUGUUGUGUGCCCCAUUUAUUAAUUUACUCAACUCAACUCAACCACUAAUUUCUUAUACAAAAAAGGCAAAACAAAAACAUUGUCUUUAAUAUAAGAUAUUGCUUCAUGUUACAUGUGAAUUGUUAAGUCAUAUAGAAGAAGAAAAAAAAGGAAGAAGUGAAAUUCUGUUAGAAACAUGGAGAAAGAGCCAUUGUUGGAGAAGAAGCAAUACUAUGAGGAUUGUCCUGGUUGUAAAGUGGAACAAACUAAAGAGCUUAAUCAAGGGCUAUCCAUGAUAAAUCUUGUGAUUAUUUGGAUGAUUGUUUUAUCUGCUACUUUGCCUGCAUCAUCUCUCUUUCCAUUCCUUUAUUUCAUGGUAAGGGAUUUCAACGUUGCAAAAGAAGAAGCUGAUAUAAGUUAUUAUGCUGGUUAUGUUGGAUCUUCGUUCAUGCUUGGAAGAUGUUUGACGUCUGUACUAUGGGGAAUGGUUUCAGAUCGCUAUGGUCGAAAACCUGUUAUAAUCAUGGGAAUCAUUGCAGUUGUCAUUUUCAACACAUUAUUUGGCCUUAGUACGGGUUAUUGGAUGGCUAUUAUCACGAGAUUUCUUCUCGGAAGUUUAAAUGGCGUGCUUGGGCCAGUUAAGGCCUAUGCUUCUGAACUUUUUCGUGAAGAGCACCAAGCUAUAGGACUUUCUACUGUUAGUGCAGCUUGGGGCGUAGGUUUAAUUAUUGGCCCGGCAAUAGGAGGCUAUUUGGCUCAGCCAGUAGAAAAGUACCCACAAAUUUUUCCAAAGGAUUCCUUUUGGGACAAGUUCCCAUACUUCUUGCCCUGCUUUAUAAUAUCAGUACUUGCAUUUACAGUAGUAAUUGCCUGCAUCUGGAUUCCGGAAACACUUCACAAUCACAAUGGUAACAAAGAGUCCACAGAUGACGCCGAAGCUUUAGAAAAUGGAAGCAACAAAGAAAAGACAGUCCGAAAGAAUGAAAACCUCUUUAUGAAUUGGCCUUUAAUGUCAUCUAUCAUAGUUUAUUGUGUCUUCUCACUUCAUGAUAUUGCUUAUCAAGAGGUUUUCUCAUUAUGGGCUACUAGUCCUCCGAAGCUAGGGGGUUUGAACUUUACAACUGAUGAUGUUGGUAACGUUCUUUCAAUUUCAGGAGUUGCACUUUGCAUCUACCAACUUUUCAUAUACCCUUCUGUUGAAAAAGCUUGUGGACCUAUUGGCCUUGGCCGCAUCACAGGGAUUUUUUCUAUACCACUAUUGCAAAGUUACCCCUUCAUAGCAAUGUUGUCAGGCAUAACCUUAUAUAUAGUGAUUAGUAUUGCUUCUGUCCUCAAGAAUAUUAUGUCUGUCACGAUUACAACAGGUUUAUUCCUAAUACAAAACCGAGUAGUGGAACAACACCAAAGAGGGGCAGCUAAUGGCCUUUCUAUGACAGGGAUGUCUCUAUUCAAAGCCAUUGGACCUGCUGCAGGCGGUACAAUAUUAACUUGGUCACAAAAGCGUAUGGAUGCUUCUUUCCUACCGGGCACUCAAAUGGUCUUUUUUUUCCUUAAUUUAGUAGAAGGACUUGGAAUAAUUUUGUUGUUCAAACCAUUCCUUGGUGAAAUGAAGAAAAGAAACUCAGAUCUUUUACAUUGAUAUUAAUUAAUCAUUUUUGCUUGAGUUACCAUGUAUCACUUUGUUCUAAUUAGGGACAGUGAUGGUAACUAGGUGCAUUAUUAGUUUUGUCAUUGAUAAUUUGAUUGUAACAACAACAAAUAAGAAAAGCAAAUGAGAAAGUAACAAAGGAGAAAUAGAAUUUCCCAUUAAUCCAAACUAUCCAUUAACAGAAUACAUAGCAUUUCCCUCAGUUCUAGAAAUAGUUUUGCCUUCAAUGGUUUGGCAAAGACAUCACUCACUUGAAAAAAUGUGCAACAAUACAUGGAUUCCAAAUU